AUACCUUUCUUGUUGACGCUUGAAAAAAACUAAUACAAAAUAAAUACAACGAAACAGGAUAUUAUUGUCACUUAGUUGAAGAACAAGCAGGGAUCAAGUUACACCGUAUUAUUCCUUCUUUCGUCAGUUCAAUGAAGACAAACAUCUGCAGUUAAAUGUGUACAUUAUAAACAAUGGUGUUGGAAUUAUUCAUGCUAUUCAUGUACUUGGUGUGUUAUGAUUCAUAAAUUAUGUCAAAUAACUUUGCGGAUUAUAACGUCGUUGCUGUUGGAGACAGUGCAGCUUGGCAGACGUUAGAGCGAGAAGUAUCAAAGAUCAGGAACUGCAAACUUUUACGAGUACCCACCUUGUUAAAUCCGUAUGGCGUCACCGACAAAUACCACCUAAGGGCUAUUUUUCUUCUCCCGGAUGCAAUCAAGAUAUACCAAGGGGUCUGUCGCGCAUGGAUACAACGCUUUAGAUUUGGACCAAAUGUAAACACGCCAAUUAUAUGUAUUGUUGAAGGUGCUGCUGAAAGGAAAAAAGCUGAGGAAUUGAAUCAGAUGCUACAGACGAAUGCCAUCAAUUGGAUUCUAACAACUCAGGAGCUAUCCGCCUUGCUCCUUGUUUGCGUCAUCCGGUACAGUCAGGCAGGUAUCCGGAGACGCUUGGAUACAUCGGCCAGGCAGAUAGUCAACUACGCAAUCCAGAGCGCAGCCCAACUACGCGGGGUGAGCGAAGCCGCGACCGGGAACAGAGACGAGGCACCCGCAGAUCCGUUGGAAUGGGCGGAUGAUCCAAAAAAGUCACCGAGGGACGAAGUUGUGAUUCCACUUACGUCACAGUUACCAAAGACGUCACGGUCACAACAAAGGACCGCGCGUACAAAAAAACGUCUUCGCGACCCUUGCUCCAAUCACAGCCCUAGCUGCGCGCAGACCCAGAGAGAGGCAAAUGGUCAUGAAACUGAAGAUAAAAAAAAGCCAGCAACUUCACCGUCAACAUCUAAACGUGUUAAACUCCAACACCAGGCAAAUCAGCUCAACAAGAAACUUGACAUGGCCAGGAUCUACAUCUCUAAAGUACAGAGCCUCCUGGACAGAGAGACUAGUCCGGACUAGACGAAAAUAACUGCAGCAUUGCUCGUACCAAAAUCUUUAAAAAAAAAAUUAAAAAUUACUUUCAGAUUACAGCUUGAAAAUCGAAAUGCUCUUGGGUUUGGGGGCAUAAUACUUACGCUGUAAUUAAUGGAAUAUUAUAUGUCUAAGUUUUGUAUUCUUUGUGAUUUAAGAAUGUUUGUUAAAAAUCUCUCUGAAAGAAAUACAGACGUUUAGAUCAUAAUCUGGUCGGUAAUAUUAAGCAAGUUAAGUUAUUCAAGAGCCCAUGCCAAAAUUGAACCACGCCAGAGGUCAUUGAAAAAUAGUACUAUACGCGCGCGCAUGGUCUGUCCAAUCACAGUUGUCGAAUGCCUACUAAAACACCUGCUUGGCCUUUCAUGCUUCGUGUCUACUCUGCUCUGAUGGUAAAUAUUAUACUUUUCACAUCAUUAGCUUUCAAUGGAAAAUGAACCGAGUUUCAACUUUGGUUGAACAGAGCUGGACCAAAUUUUACUAAUUUAUUGUAAAAACUUUCUUUGGAAUGAGAACAGAGUGGUAAUUCAAAAGACAAGUCAUUACAUGGACUUUCAGCUACCUGUUUCCGCUUCCAUUGCCAAUUUUUUGAACAGUACACUGUAAAAUGAAAUCCCUCGGCACUGGCAGUUUCGUGCAACUAACCCCAAGUUCCCAGCAGUGUUGUAGUUGAGACCAUCACAGGACCAGACACAAGACCAGACACAAGACUAGUCACAAGACCUGUCA